AGCAGAACGAGCAAAUAUGAUGCUGUGUUGAGUCAACACUGUUGACAUAAGAGCGCAUAGCGGUUCAUAUUUCAUUUCGACCACUUUGAUUUUUUUUUUUUGGUUUAGUUCAACAGCACGUGGUUAAGUCAGUCUCAACUCGCAUUUCUUUGAUUUUUGAAAAAGAUCUAAUUUUUUUUUGUGGUAGCUAACCAAUUCUGAAGAAUUACUUUGGACACCGCAUCAUGAGAACCGAGGUGAAUGUGGAUAAAGUGUACAACAAGUGCUAUUAUCGUACAUUUGAGGUAUUAAGCCAUAUCAAACGAGACGAUUUUUGGCUGAUUCUCGAUCGAAAAGUCUUGGAUCUGUCUGCUCUCAUGAAAUCAAUUGACGAGUUACCCACCAGUGGCAAAAAUCAAUCGGCGCUGGAACAAUUGAACAUGUUUGGUGGUUCCGAUGUGUCGGAAUUAUUUUUGAAACGGCCACAGAAUAAAUUGGAAAUGUUUGACUUGAAAUCGUCCAGCGAAUUUGGAAAGAGGCACGAUUUACACUGGUGGAAUGAUCCCAUCUGCGUUGUUGGUGGCAUCACCGCACAGGAACGUCACAUUUGUGUGCGAAACAAAGCAAAAGGUACACAAUGCCACUUGACAGUUUGCGAAGAGGAUUCCAUUUACGAGAUUCGGGCCAAGUUUUUUACGGCAUAUCCAGAUGAAAACAGUGAAAAUAUCAUUUGGCGCAAAACGGAAUGGACAUGUUGUCCAAGUGGUCAUUUGUUUCUGGACCAAACGCUGACUGGAAAUGGGUUGAUGUAUGAUCCAGCCGAUGAAGUCAUAUUCCUAUGGAUGUUCCACAAGGAUGAAAUCAACACAUGCAUAGGAUUCGUGUGAUUGCUUCGAUGCAGCGAAACAAAUUGUGAAAUUCAAUUUGAAUUAAGACAAACGAUGUAAAUUAGGCUAUUGAAUAAGAAAAAUACGAAAUAUUGUACACUUUCAGAAAGUGUUUGAAAUGUAAACCGUAAAAUGAAUCGAAAGAUGAACAACGGAAAUUUAGUAGAUUAACUUUCAAUAGAUGGCGCUGGCAGUUCUAUAAGUACAUUCCGUAAUCGAAUAUGUUAUCAUACUAUUUGUUCAUAAGAACGUUUUUUUGCAAAAACUCUCAAACAAUGCAGUGGUUUGAAAUUACGUUACCAAACCAGUCAUUCUUCCCAUCUUAUUCACAAUUAUUUGAAGUUGACAUGAAAAUAAAUAUUUAUGAUUAAGUCAGUAGCAUAAUUUCAACAAGUGUUAAUUGAACUGUUUUUCUGAGUACAAAUUUAGUCAAAAACCACAAAAAAAAUUGAGAAUUUCAUACAGUGAAAAAUGAAGUUUAUCGGAUAUUGCAAACAUUCGAAUGUUGGGUGUAGAACGUCUUGAGUGUUUAAAUAAAAAACGCAAAUGUUGACACGAAUAAA